GCAUGGGUUUUUUUUUUUUUUUUUUUUUGUUUGAUUGUUCGUUAUUUCAUAGGAAAAACAACUUUUGUAGUUUACUCACUAUUCACAAACCCCCCUUUGUUUUGUUUUUUCUUUACACUAGAAUUCCCAAAUCGAUUCGGUGUCUCGUUGCCUUUGCAUUUACAGGCUUUUCUGCACAUCGCCGGUGCGGAGAGAAAUCUCCACGGCCUCUUCCUUUCACAUGGAAAUGCCCGUUUAAUUAGCUGAUCUUUAAAUUCGGGGAGAGGCACGAGGAAAGAAAGCCUGACCAUCUGCCGUAGUCCGCCUUUAUCAGGAGAGCAACAACAGGAGGCAAAUAAGACGCAAAUCGACAAAGAAACGUGUGCAGGAAGAAACUCGAGCCAUGUUGUGGUCUCAAUGUAUAUAUCUUUACAUGCUGAUGACAGUUACGUCAAAAACACUUUAAGCAAAUUACUUUGAACAGAACUUGUCGCCACGCAGGAAAACAAUCAAUUUGUGGCAGCGCGCCAUUUCUGACACUAUUCAUACAGUCCAAAGCACUAUUCGCCAGCUGUCCUCUUAUUUAACUCGUAUUGUAUCGGUUUUCUCCCGCUGGCUCUGUUAGACACGCCUAUCCCAAAAGAAGCGUGCGCUGCCUUCAAAAGAUCACGCACGCUUACGAAGCAUCUAGACAAACAUUCGCGAUAGGGGAUGGUUGCAGUGGUAUCGUCCUGUUUUGUAUCUUUAAACUGGUUUACAAGCGCAAUAAAAAAACAAUUCCUAUUUAGAAUUUGAAGUGGCCGUCUAUUAAUUUUAAUACUUAAGUUACAUUAUAAAUACGAGGUGGAGAAUAUUUCAACUAUAUGACACACUCCCACUGCGCUAAUACGGUUGGUACAGUCCAGUGGCUUUUGGCUGGCUUGAGCAAAGACUCCACAUCCAGCCGCACUGUGGAGUCCGCAGGCACACGCGCAUCUGUGGGUAUGGAGUGAACGGAGGGCGUGUAUUGGGUUGGAUACUGCAAAGAAAGGUCACAUCUGCAGACUGAACUCGGAUAUUGUUGAAAACUGCAGAAUAACUAAAAUAAACAUGGAUUGUAAGGAGGAGAUCAGUGACUCUGAUAGCGGGGUCAUUUUGAACUCUGGCCCAGACAGUCCCACAUCUCCAGUAAAGGAUCUGAGCACUCACACACGUGCCAUGAGGCUGAAGCAGCAGGCCCUUGAGGACAGACUAGAGCUUUGUGUCCUGGAGCUAAAGAAACUCUGCAUUAGAGAGGCUGAGCUGACUGGAAAGCUGCCCUCCGAUUACCCUCUCCUGCCUGACGAGAAGCCUCCGCAGGUCCGCCGACGCAUCGGAGCUGCUUUCAAACUGGAUGAGGGUUUUAUUUCACAAGAUGGCGAGGAUUCUGAGCUGCACGCGAUCGAGGCUGAUCUCGCUCUGCAGCGGCAGAUUUAUGAGGCAGUCAGAAAGCUCUCCCUCGAGGAGCACAUCAGCAAACCGGUGAGGAAAAGCCGACUGCAGCAGUGUAAACGUGAAGAGAAGAAGCUGAAAGAACUGCAGGAUGCGAUACUGAAACACCGAAUCAACCACGGCUGUGUCUCUCCACAGACCUGCUAUUCUUCCAGGCAGAGAGAUCUUUGUAUGUCUGAUGACAGCUCGCUGUCAGAUGCUGUUGCCUUGGAUGAUGACUCAGACUCUGCUCCCUUUUCUCCGGCCGUUCUGGGGUCUUCCACAGACAGCGGUUUCCAGUGUCUGACUCUCUUGCCCAAUAACGGCCCAAAGCAAUCGAGCUCCAGUUCCAGUCUGGACUAUGAUGCCUCUCCAAUCCAGAACUCUCCAUGGAAGGAAUCCAGCUUGGACCAGCCAUACCAGAAACAAAAACCUUCUCACUCUGCCUGCAGCAGCCGCUCAAGCAGCAGUCCAACAAGCUCACCAACAGACACAAGAAUGGCAGAACUUCCUCCAGCACCCCAGUUUGUGUUUAAGAGUCUGCCAGUGCGAAACAAUCAGCCAAACAGCGCCCCCUCCACCCCAGAGAUGCCACUGCGCCGACAGUUCUCACAGUCCUUCAGGCUUCCCAGGAGCAAACCAGAAUUGACCAAGGCCAGCUCAGACCUGGGACGGGGCCGGACCAAGUUACCGCGUCGACGAGUGACCGAUUUUGCACUGGCCUACUCAGUUCAGCGUUUAUAUCAAUGCAGCUCUGAAGACAGCAGCUCCGAGCUUUCCAUUUCUUCAUAUAGCAGUUCCUCCAGCCGAGAGACGACCAACGAGGCACCCAAACCCUGCCCGCCUCCAUACGGCUACCACCGCACCGCUCCAAAUAAAGGACUGGGCCAGCUCAACACCCACAGUACACUCAAAAACAACAACAACAACCCCCCUCACCUCGUGCCCAGACCCAAUGAAGUGAAGAUUAGCAAUGGGACACCACUUCAGGUGAACAUAGGGAGGCUGCAACUCGGACCGAAUUCACAAUCUGAUCCUGUACAUACUAAUAAACCCCAACAAGUUCAGGUUACUUCACCCAAACGAAUGCUCAAGCCUCCCCCACCGUACACAAAGGUGGUCCGCACGAUGUCGUUAAGAGAGUAUCCCAACCAUCCCAGCCGUGUGCUUCCUCGAGAAGUGAUAUCCGGGGAGCUUAAAAUCUGGCACCAGAAAAACAAUAUAGCCAUAUCCAAACCUUGCUCACUUGAAAGGCAAGGAUCGAUUAGAAUCAAGUGCCCAGAGCCGCCACCCUAUCACCAUAUUCCCUCUCAUAAACAGGUUUCUCAGAAAGUGAUUCUGCAAAGGGCUUCCGAUGGAACACCGCUGCAGUGGUACGAAGAGGAAGACUCCGAGAUUGUGAGUCAGGUGUAACCAGGUAGAAGAAACCUAGAGGAAAUUAAACCGAGAAUUAGUGAACUCUAAUUGUACACCAUCUUUAUUUUUAUUUAUUGAGCCAAUGGACUCACUGAUGUAGUCUGAUGAUGUUAAUUCUCACCAAGACUUUUUGACCAAGUUGGAGCUGAGCCAGUGAAGUAUAUGCCUCAAUUCCAUAUAUGCCUACAUUUGUGAUUACAUUUAAAGUCUAAGACUUCCUUGUAAAGGCAUCAUGCCAGAUAUUUAUGAUGAAUGUAUAAUAUAAUAGUGAUUUUAUUGCUGUCAGGAGAGUGUGGCCCACCUUUUGCAUAUGAACGCCCACAAGGAAAUGACAUCAUUUCGUAUAUAUUUGUGUCUGGUACACGAUUCUUCAUAAUUAAAGUAUUAUAUAAUGUCUUAGUUUCCCCAUGAUUUAAUUUAAUUUAACACAUUAUGAAUUAAUAUAUUAUUUUUUCUAUCUUAUUUUUUAUUUGUGAAUUAAUAUGGCCCCUUUCCUAACAUUUUUUUUUUAAUUAGUGAAAUGUUUCAAGAAGUGUUGCUCUGCUACUGUAAUAUGCAUUGUAAGAAUAAUCCAUCUGUGAUUUUUAAUACCAAAUGCAGAUGGUUUACUUCCUGUUUGUACACUAAUUAUGAAAUAUAUUUUGUAUUAUUUAUAAUACACUUUAAUAAACAAUAUCACAGAUCCUCAAUAAUAUGUUGUGUGCA